AUGAUUGGAUCGAUGACUUGGAAGAGAACGUCAUGGUUUGUGAAGAAUCUUUUUGGCGGACUUCGCAGAGGAGGAAUUAACAAUCUUGAAAGAGAUCUACACGUAUCAAAUGAUAAAGAAGAGUUUAUAAAAGCGAUACAGAGUCUAGGAAAAAAUGAUUUGGAUCUGAAAAUACUAGAUGAGGAUCAACAUAAUUUACAACAAGAGAUUAAGUUUUGUUUUAUAGUUUAUAUGCUAGGAGUCAUGUGUACUAUUAUGUUAUUACUAAAGCUACGGGGAUGUAGAAUUGUCACCACCAACUUAGGCCAGUUCAUUGUUUUCAUGGAUUCUUUCGAAAAAUCUAUGAAUGUAGAGUCUGGUCGUUUUGAUCUUCAAACUUUGUCACAAAGCACAAGUCAAUCAUACAAUGCUUUCAUUCGGCAACAACAAAAUCGAAGGCAGACAGAUAGGAGAUAUCGAAAUGAAACUGUAAGUAUUGAUUAUCGUAAAAGAAUAAAUAAUCGUAUGUUAUCUACAAAUAAUACUUCUAAAGUUGAUUAUGUUCAUGAAUAUAUAAUACAUUCUGAGGCAUCUACUUCAAAUGAAGAAAUGAUAAAUAUUUUUUAUUCUAAAUUACAUGGAAGUUCUAAUUUGUUAAGUGUACAAGCAACUGCAUAUGUAUUACCAACUUGUGCUUAUUGUAAGCAUUGUGGUGCACGAAAAUUGUAUAGAGAGACUAAAAGUUUUUGUUGUUUUGAUGGAAAUGUGAAACUUUUUAUGCCCGAUUCACCGGAUGAAUUGUAUACUCUAUUUACGUCUAAAAAGCCUGUAUCUAUGGAAUUUAAAAAAUAUGCACGUUCAUAUAAUAACUACUUUGCGUUCACUUCAUUUGGUGUAACGUACGAUAAAGAACUUAUUAAAACAUACAAAGUAUCUACACAUUUAGAGUUUCGGGACAAAAAACCGUAUGAAAACUUCAGAACACCUGGUAGAAUCUAUUUUAUUUCUUCUAAUCGAAAUAUUGAAGGACUCGAUCAAAGAGUCUUUAAUACUCCGUCGGCAUCUCAAGUGGCUGCUAUAUGGGUUGAGGAUGAUGAAAAUGCAAAUAUUUGUGUUCGUGAUAUUACUAUAUAUGGUCAUUCUGGUUAUUCUCAUAGGGUUCAUUAUUAUUAUGGUUGCUAUGCUCCUCUACAAUAUCCUUUGCCCUUUUCAUUUGGUGAAUGUGGUUGGCACGAAGGCAUUCUAAGAUACGAACAAAUAUCUUCUCAAAUUGCACAGUUUGUGGACAAUGUUGCUGAUCCUAAUGUAAAAAAUUCGGCGGCUCAAAUUAUUGAAAAAGAGGCUGCAGGUUCGCUUAUAUACUUUCUUGUGUCUAUUAUAGUUUUACAAAUACUUUUUCAACAAUAUGUUGUGGAUAUGUAUGUUAAAAUAGAGACAUCCAUAUUAGAUUAUUUUCGUAGUAAUCAGAAACAAAUUCGUGCUGAACUUUAUCAAGGUAUCGUAGACAGUAUACAUAAUGGAGAAACAAGAGGGUACAAAAUUGGAAAGAAAGUUGUUUUACCACGAUCCUUUACAUGUGGACCUAGAGAUAUGCUAAGGAGGUACUUAGAUGUUAUGGCUCUUGUCCAACAAAUUAAGCAAGAAUUAAAACAUAAUGAUAAGGUUCAAAAUCGACCGGAUCUUAUUGUACGUGUAUUUAGAGCAAAAUUAGAAGAACUUAAAAAUGAUUUAUACAAGAGAAAUAUUUUUGGUUCUAUUAUAGCUCAUAUAUACGUGAUUGAAUUUCAAAAAAGAGGUCUCCCUCAUGCACAUCUGUUGUUGAUUUUUAACUGUGCUCAUAAAAUUUCUUCCACUAAACAAGUCGAUAAAAUAGUAUCUUGUGAAAUUUCUGAUAAAAAUAUACGUCCUUAUCUUCUUUCAAUUAUUGUAAAGCACAAUAUGCAUGGUCCAUAUGGAAAUCUAAAUCCUAAAAACACAUGCAUGGAAAAAAAUAGUUGUUGUAAAAAUAAAUAUCCAAAGGAUUAUUGUAAUAGUACUAUAUUUGGAGAUAAUUUGUACUCACUGUAUAGACGGCGUAAUAAUGGUAUUUAUGUUAAAGUGAGAGGUAAAAUGUUAGACAAUCAAUGGGUUGUGCCAUAUAAUCCUUAUUUAAGUACAAAAUUCGACUGUCAUAUCAAUGUUGAAGUAUGUUCUUCUAUUAAAACUGUUAAAUAUUUAUACAAAUAUGUAUACAAAGAACAUGAUCUUAUUAAUUUUUUGGUCGACAAAAAUAACAUAGACAAAGACAUUGAUGAAAUUUCUACUUACCAAUCUGUUAGAUGGAUAUUUCCACCUGAAGCUAUGUGGAGGAUUUUUGCUUUCAAUUUAUCGAAAAUAUAUCUAGCUAUUUGUGAUUUACAACUUCAUAUUGAAGAUCAUCAAUGUGUAACUUAUAAAAAUACGGACAAUUUAUCUUCUGUUAUUGAGAAUGAAAAUACGAGAAAAACUAUGUUAACUGAGCAUAGUUUUUCUGAAAAGAAGCAAAUUGUUGUAGGACGAAUUGUCUCGGUAAAUUUAUCUGAAGGAGAACGAUAUUUUCUUCGUCUUCUUCUUAAUCAUAUUAGAGGUCCAACAUCAUUUGAUGAUUUAAAGACUUUCAAUGGGGUAAAUGUUGGUAUAUUUCGUGAAGCUGCGCUUCUCUAUGGUUUAUUAAACGGAGAUACUCGUUGUGAAGAAUGUUUAUCUGAAACUAUUAUUUACGAAAUGUCUUAUUCUUUAAGACGUCUUUUUGCUACGCUUCUUACAAUGUGCAAUCCAAAUAAUCAUAAGUUAUUGUGGGAUAAAUUUAAGCCUUAUAAGAUAGAUGAUUAUAUAAAUCAAAAUAUGCCUGCUGAAAUUGUUGAAGUAUGA